CUUGACGGGAAGAUAAUACAAUGCUGCUGUCUGUAAGGAGUUUGUAUGCUCUCCCGUGACCUCGUGGGUUGUUCCCGGAUGCUCUGGUUUCCUUCUGCAUUCAAAGACAUACUAGUAGGGUUAGGGUUGGUGAGUUUUGGGCGUGCUAUGUUGGUGCCAGAAGCAUGGUGACUCUUGUGAGCUGCCCCUGGCACAAUCCUUGGACUGUGUAGGUUGUUGCUGCGAAACAGCACAUUCCCCUGUAUGUUUCGAUGUACAUGUGACAAAUACAGCUAGUCAAAUCUGAUGCUCCCCUCCAUCCAUGACUGGUCACGGCCUCAGCUGGUGUACUUGUUCAGAGGUCAAAAGAGAAAGCAAACAACAGGCAAAUUAAUGACCCAGAAUUUGCACAGGGCAUGAAGCAUUGACAGUUAAACCCCAUCCCGAGAGAUUGACAUUUCUGUAUCAAGUGUUUUUAAAGAAAAAUGACAUUGAUAUCAUCACUGAACUGGCUUAGCAUCCAAUUAAAUUUUUUUUUUAAAGCAUGCUCUUGGUAAACUUAGGAAACAAAAGGCAAGCUUUUUAAUAACUUUUGAGAUUUUUUUUGUGAAAUGCCGAAUAUGAUUGAAAAAUGCACACAAGGUGUUGAGGUAGAUACUGAAAUGGCACUUUAUGCACACUGUGUGCAUGUUCAAUCAUUUUUUUUAUUUUAAAAACCCCUUUAGGUAAAAUAUAAUGUGAGGAAUUGCAAAAGAGAUGGAGGUAAGUUUUUGGUGCCAGCUUGCUAAGUAACAAUUGUCAUUUCAAGAUUCUAGAAUUUUAUUGUUAUUUAAAAACAUAGAAACCCUAUAGCACAAUACAGGCCCUUUGGCCCACAAUACUGUGCCAAACAUGUUCCAACUUUAGAAAUAUUCUAGGGUUACCCAUAGCCCUCUGUUUUUCUAACCUCUAUGUAGCCUCUAUGUACCUAUCCAGGAGCCUCUUAGAAGAUUCUAUCAUAUCUGCCUCCCCCACUGUUACUGGCAACCCAUUCCACCCACUCACUACUUUCUGUGUUAAAAUAAAUAAAUCGUUUCCAGUAACAUACCAUAUAUCUUAGAUAUUGAAUCAUUAUGAAAAAGUGUCAAAUUAAAAAUUAUGUCUAGUAAGUUCUUAUCUGAGUUUAUAUGAAAUGUACAUAAUUGAGAUCUUAAGAAGUCUCUAAUUUGUAAAUAUCUAAAAAGUGAAGUUUGGGUAAACUGUAUUUAGCCGACAAUUGCUCAAAUGAACAAAGGUUUCCUCCAACAAACGGAUCCCAAGAACAAUUAAUACCCAAUCUGUCCCAUUCCUUAAAAACUAAAUCAAUCAUGGAGGGUUUAAAAAAUUAGAAUAAAUGGGACUUGAAAGGGAGAACCUCAAUAAAUCAAAGUGUUUUCUAAAUUGUAUCCAGAUCCUCAGAGUAUGUUUAACAAUUAUCCAUUACUUUACUUACAGAUAAGGGAAGUGAGGAUCCAAGAAGAGUAAUAAUAGAAAAUAUAUUAACAAAGUUAGCUUCUAAAGAAACCCAUACCGGACAAUCUACACGAUUAACAUAGUAUAGCCAAAACAUAAUGUAUUGUAUAUUAACUGCCCAGUAAUAAAACCUAAAAUUAGGUAAGGCUAAACUGCCAGACUUUUUAGAUUUUUGAAGAUGAACUUUAUUUAAAAGUGGUAUGUUACUGGAAAUGAGGAAUGUUUCUUUAGACAAAAUUAAGAAUCUUUGGGAACACAAUUUACAGACAUUGAUAUCUGAGGAAACUUGGAAUGAAAUGUUUAAACAGGUUAAUACUCCAUCGCUAUGUGAUCAUUCCUUCAUACAAUUUAAGGUGGUACAUAGAGCUCAUAUGUCUAAGGAUAAGCUAUCUCAUUUUUACUCAGAUAUAUCUCCCUACUGUGACAGAUGUAAUAAUGGAGAAGCCUCAUUAAUUCAUAUGUUUUGAUCCUGCCCGAUUUUCAAAAAAUAUUUGAAGUUUUUCAAACUUUAUCCUUACUUUUUAAAGUCAAUUUUCAGCCUAACCCUCGGACGGCCCUUUUUGGUAUUGUUGCAGGACAAGAUGUUAAGCUGAAGGCAUCUGAUCUACAUAUUUUGGCCUUUAGCACCCUUAUAGCUAGGAGGACACUUUUGUUUAAAUGCAAAGAUGUUCUUCCUCCUACUCAUGCUCAAUGGUUAUGUGACGUUAUGUCAUCUUUAGACUUUGAGAAGAUUUGUUGUUCAAUUUCUGAAUCUCGUCAAGACUUUCAAACAUUGUGGGGACCUUUUCUGAAUUAUUUUCAAAGCAUUCCAUUCGUUAUAUUAAACAGAUGUUGGCUAAUAUUAAUUUUUAUCAUAUAAGAAGGUAUUUACCUUCUUUUCUCCUUAAUGAACAGCUUCAGUCUUGGUAGGGGUUAGAUUUUUUUCUUUUGCAAUAAAUUAGUAUAGUUAAUAUAACUGUUGAUUAACUUAUAUGACUACAGGGUAAUGUAAUUGUUAUUAUGAACAGAUACAAUGUAUCUUUUCUUGCCUCUUAUAUACACUUUCUUGUACUCUGUAUUCCUCUAUGUAGAAAAUAAUAUCAACAUUGGAAAUAAAUAAAUAGAUAGCUAAUUUAGCCUUGACACCUCCUCUGUACCUACUUCCAAGCACCUUGAAACAGUACCCUUUUGUGUUAGCCAUUUCAGCCUUGGGGGAAAAAGCCUCUGACUAUUCACAUGAUCAGUGGCACUCAUCAUCUUGUACAGCUCCAUCAGGUCACCUCCCAUCCUCUGCUGCUCCAAGGAGAAAAGGUUGAGUUCACUCAACCUAUUCUUAUAAGGCAUGAUCCCCAAUCCAGGCAACACUCCUUUGAAUCCUUUCUAUAGUUUCCACAUCCUUCCUGUAGCACAGUGACUAGAAAUGAGUGCAGUAUUCCAAGUGGGGUCUGACCAGGGUCCUAUAUAGUUGUAACAUUACCUCUCGGCUCUUAAACUCAAUCCCAUGGUUGAUGAAGGCCAAUGCACUGUAUGCCUUCUUAACCAUGGAGUCAACCUGCGCAGCAGCUUUGAGUGUCCUAUGGACUCGGAUCCCAAGAUCCUUCUGAUCCUCCACACUGACAAGAGUCUUACCAUUAAUACUAUAUUGUGCCAUCAUAUUUGACCUACCAAAAUGAACCACCUCACGCUUAAUCUGGGUUGAACUCCAUCUGCCACUUCUCAGCCCAGUGUUGAAUCCUAUAGGUAUCCCACUGUAAUCUCUGACAGCCCUCCACACUAGCCACAACAUCGCCAACCUUUGUGUCAUCAGCUGAUUUACUAACCCAUCCCUCCACUUCCUCAUCCAGCUCAUUUAUAAAAAUCACAAAGUAUAGGGGUCCCAGAACAGAUCCCUGAGGCACAUGGUCAGUCACCGACCUCCAUUCAGAACACUGCUGUAAAGGAGAAUGAAAUGAUUGUUACUCUGGCCCCGGUGUCACAUUUAAAAAAAAAAGUACAAAGAACACAAUUUUUAUAAACUUCAAAAAACACAAUAAAUAUAAAUAUAAAGCAAUCCAGUGAAGCACAGUGUACAAGUAAAUGUACAAACUGUAUUUAAAAACUCACUUCAAAUUCUCUUACCCUGAUAAUUUGUACUUAGUCGUUAGCAGGAUUGAUUAUUAAGUGACAUAUAAUUUGUUAUUAAUAAGUUCAUGUGAUUUCCCUUGAUUGCAGUGAUGAAGAGGGAAGUGGUGUAGUCUGUGGAAGAGGAUUUACUUGCUGGUGGAGACAACUACAUGGUCAAAAAACUCCUUGAUGAGAAGUUCAGUGAGCUAAAUAUAAACUGCGUGGAUGUGCUGGGGAGGAAUGCAGUAACGAUAGCAAUUGAAAAUGAGAAUCUAGAUAUCCUAAAGCUUCUCUUGGAACGGGGUUGUCAGGUGACUACAGAUGCACUGCUAGUGGCAAUCAACUCUGAGGUUGUUGGUGCUGUGGAUAUUCUUCUCAAUCAUCGUCCCAGACGGUCGUCCAAGCCAACUAUCGCAAAAUUAAUGCAGAGAAUUCAGAAUCCCGAAUACUCCACCACAAUGGACGUUGCUCCCGUGAUUCUUGCUGCUCAUCGCAACAACUAUGAGAUCCUGACUAUGCUUCUGAAACAGGACCUCUCAUUGCCGAGACCUCAUGCUGUAGGAUGUGAGUGCACACUCUGUAAUGCAAAGAACAAGAAAGAUAGUCUACGCCACUCCAGGUUUCGCCUUGACAUCUAUCGCUGCCUAUCCAGUCCAUCGCUGAUCAUGCUUACAGAGGAGGAUCCCAUCCUCAGGGCAUUUGAACUCAGUACCGAUCUGAAGGAAUUGAGUCUGGUGGAAGUGGAGUUUAGGAAUGACUACGAAGAACUAGCACAGCAAUGUAAGACCUUUGCAAAAGAUCUCCUUGCACAGGCCCGGAACUCCCGUGAACUGGAGGUUAUUCUGAAUCACACAUCGAGUGAUGAGCCGAUCGAUAAGAGAGGAUUGCUUGAGGAGAGGAUGAACCUAAGUCGACUUAAACUUGCAAUUAAGUACAAUCAGAAAGAGUUUGUGGCUCAGUCAAAUUGCCAGCAGUUCUUGAAUACGGUCUGGUUUGGGCAGAUGGCAGGCUACAGGCGGAAGCACACCUGUAAGAAGAUUCUGACUGUUCUUUCAGUUGCCACCUUGUGGCCAUUGCUGUCCCUUUGUUAUCUGCUGGCACCAAAGUCUCGAGUCGGAAGAGUCAUUCACACUCCAUUCAUGAAGUUCAUCAUUCACAGUGCAUCAUAUUUCACAUUUCUACUGUUACUGAACUUGUAUUCACUAGUGUACAAUGAAGACUUAAAAAACACAAUGGGCCCUGCAUUAGAGAUGAUUGAUUAUCUCCUGAUCAUAUGGAUAAUCGGAAUGGUGUGGUCAGAUGUGAAGCGACUGUGGUAUGAUGGACUUGAAGAUUUUCUGGAAGAGUCUCGAAAUCAGCUCAGUUUUGUCAUGAACUCCUUGUAUUUAGCAACGUUCGCUCUCAAAGUUGUGGCUCAUUAUAAGUUUCACGCUAUUGCAGACCGGAAGAGUUGGGAUGCUUUCCAUCCCACUUUAGUAGCAGAGGGUCUCUUCGCUUUUGGAAAUAUCCUAAGCUCUUUGCGGCUUUUCUUCAUGUACACAGCCAGUUCCAUCCUGGGACCACUGCAGAUUUCCAUGGGGCAAAUGCUGCAAGAUUUUGGGAAGUUCCUCGGAUUGUUUCUGCUUGUGCUGAUCUCCUUCACCAUUGGAUUGACUCAGUUACAUGAUAAGGAGCUUUCAACAGUGAAAGAAGUCAAGGGGUGCACCGGAAUCUACUGUGAGCAGCAGAGCAGUAGCACAUUCGACUCCUUUAUUGGGACCUGCUAUAUCCUGUUCUGGUAUAUUUUCUCCUUGGCACACGUGGCACUGUUUGUAACAAGGUUCAGCUACACCGAUGACUUGCGGUCUGUUGUUGGGGUGCUCAUCAUUGGCACGUAUAAUGUGGUCGUUGUCAUUGUUCUAACUAAACUCCUAGUAGCCAUGCUGCACAAAAGCUUCCAGAUGAUAGCAAACCACGAGGACAAGGAGUGGAAGUUUGCCCGCGCUAAGCUGUGGCUGAGCUACUUUGAUGAUAAGUGUACUUUGCCCCCGCCAUUCAACAUCAUCCCGUCUCCAAAAACCAUUUACUAUCUCUUCACGAGUCUCAAUAAAUGGAUCUGCUCUCAUACUAGUGCAGGGAAGGUGAAAAGACAGAACAGCCUUAAAGAAUGGAAGACCCUCAAGCAUAAGCAGGAUGAAAAUUACCAGAAGGUAAUGUGCUGCUUAGUUCAUCGUUACCUUACUGCUAUGAGACAAAAGAUGCAUAGUACAGACCAGGCCACUGAAGAGAACCUGAAUGAACUACGGCAAGACCUCUCUAAAUUUCGCAAUGAAAUGAGAGACAUUCUUGGAUUCAGGACAGCAAAGUACGCCAUGUUCUAUUCACGGAACUAACAAGUAUUCCAACAUUCACGGGACUGGAUACUCAAAUACCAAACAGGAGAGUUCUACAUGCAAAAAUAAGGGUCUCAAAACAUCAGUCUCUUAUCAACACAAGAGCUUCAGCAGAUGCUAGAAAUCCAGGGUAACAAACAAAACUGCUGGAGCAACUUGGGCAGCGUCUAUGGAAAUGGAUCAACACUGAGGCAGAGAUCUUGAUGAAGGGUCGGCCUGAAACAUCGACUGCUUAUUAUUUUCUAUAGAUGCUGCCUGACUUCCUGAGUUCCUCCAGCAUUUUCUAUGUUAAUCAGUGUCUUGUUUGCUGGUUAUACACUCCAUGUGUACAGUCCUAUUGUUUUGUAUCUUUGUCAAAAAUCAAGGUUCACCCAUUUAAAAUCUAGUAACGAUGCACCAACGUACCAAAUCUUAAAGGGCCAAUUUAAUAUAGUUGCAAAGCAGAAUUCAUAGAAUAUUGGACUACACUCUUAAAAUGAAUUAAGUUCAUCCUUUAAUGGCUGGGCCAUCUAAGAGGGUAAUUAAGAGUUAUGUUGCUGCAGAACCUACUUGGGCUGUUAUGCUCAGAAAAAGAAAUACAAGCCCAAAGCUGUUCUCCAUCUCACCAAAUCAGCUCGGUGCUGGAUUUGGUGAAUGGGUAUCAAAAUUCUUCUGCAUUGACUCCUCCCUAAAUCACUCACUCCAGCUCCAGCGGCGAUAUGGACUCAAUUUCCCUCUGCACACCAACACGCUGCGCUUGCAAUGCCCCAGCAUGGCUCAUCUCCCGAACCUGCCUCCUCUAUGCAGUUAGUCUUUAAACACCUCCAUGUGGCAGAUGUGAACUUGCCCAAAAACAACUGCUUCCAAUUAACUCUCUGUAGUUCCUGCUUGACCCUGCUUCAAUUUAAUACUUUCCCAUAAGGUCUACACUUAGCUUUACAAGCAAUUAAUUUAUUUCAUCAUAAAUCUGCAUUAAAAUUUUGUAAUGGGCCUGCUGUUCCUUUGCCGAUCAUUUUAACUCUGUCGUCUGAACGCAUGUCUUUUGCUCUCUGCCAAAUGUAUUAUUUGCACUUUCUGUUCGAACAAAGAUGGGUGCAGCUUGUUCAUACCAUUCUGAUGAAUGUCACACUGUCAAAGGCCUUAACCUGAUCAUUGAGCACAGUGUGCUGAAUUGAACACAGCAUUCCAGCUGUGCUCACACCACUAUUUCAUCAGGGUUUGCUGUGGUAAUCUAUGCCUUUUCUUAACAGCCCUCGUAGUUUGGCCUCCAAGUCAUGCCUGGCUAUGUCCUCUUUAGAACUUAAUUUAUAUUGCUUCUCCAUUAUUGCUAUCACUUCAGGUUUUGCUGCAUUAAAUAUGAUGUGAUGGAUGCGUGGCCAUUUCACUGGCCCGUUUCUAUCUACCAGAUAUCUUGUCAAGUUACCAAAUGAAGAAAGCUGAGCCCUGUUUUACAAGAUAAUAUCCUGCCAUUAAGAGCUGAAACUGCCUGAUGUUCCUUAACUUUCUACCAUCAACUCCAGCAUAAAAAACUUGGGAAAAGAGUUCAAGAACUUUUCUCUGUGUAUAGUGGAGAGUUGAUUCUGGCAGUCUUGAAUGGUGACUUUAGGACAUUCAGUAGUUCCAAAUAUACCAUAUUUUUUUUAUUAAGCAGCAGAUACAUUAUGUAAAUAAUGACAGUUGAAGAAAUAAAAAAGAUUAAAACAUUAA